CUUCACUGCCCCUCCCCUCUUCCUCGAGAAAACAACAAUCAAGAACACCUCAACCAACAAAGCUACCGGGUACAAUGGGCAAAAAAAGAGUCCUCGUAGGAUACGGCGUCGACAUUGACGCCGUCGCUGGCUGGCUAGGAUCCUACGGCGGCGAUGACAGCGCGAAUGACAUCAGUCGAGGGAUCUGGGCCGGCACAAUCGGCACCCGUCGCCUCCUCAAACUCUUCGACAAAUACAACAUCAAAGCCACGUGGUUCAUCCCCGGCCACUCCCUCGAGACUUUCCCCGAGGAAUGCGCCAUGGUGCGCGACAAGGGCCACGAGAUCGGACUGCACGGCUACUCGCACGAGAACCCCUCGGACAUGACCAUCGAGCAGCAGCGCGACGUCCUAGACAAGACCUACAAGCUGCUCACCGAGUUCUGCGGGAAGCCUCCCAGGGGCUCCGUAGCACCGUGGUGGGAGACCAGCGUCGAGGGGUGCGAGCUGCUCCUCUCGUACGGCAUCGAAUACGACCAUUCCAUGUCGCAUGAGGAUUGCCAGAUGUACUGGCUUCGGACGGGCGAUGAGUGGACUAAGAUCGAUUACAGCAAGAGGGCGGAGGAGUGGAUGAAGCCGCUUGUCAAGGGGAAGUAUACGGGUCUCGUGGAGAUUCCUGGGAAUUGGUAUAUCGAUGACUUGCCGCCGAUGAUGUUUAUUAAGAAAUCGCAGAAUAGCCAUGGGUGGGUGAAUCCGAGGGAUAUUGAGGAUAUUUGGAAGGACCACUUCGAUUACUUCUACAGGGAAUACGAUGAAUUCAUCUUCCCCAUGACCAUUCACCCGGAUGUCUCUGGACGUCCUCAUGUUCUUCUCAUGCAUGAAAGAAUCAUCGAAUACAUCAACCAACACGAAGGCGUCGAAUGGGUAACUAUGGCCGAGAUGGCGGAUGAGUUCAAGCGCAAGAACAAGCCCCCGGAGGGCGCCAUGAUGCCCGCUCCUCCAGGCGAGAUCCUGAAGAAGCAGGCUAGUUGAUAAGUAGAUUAAUAGUUGACUUCAAUAUCAAUCAACUUUGACACAUCCAUGAUA